GCCUUCAGCCGGGGUUUCCGCUCCUCCGGCGCCACCAGAUUCCCGCGACUUCCGUCCACCUUCCUCCCCCUCCUCCUCCUUUUCAUCUUUCCCAAAACCCUAAUUCUUCGAUCCCUCCUCCUCCUCCAGUGUCAAACUCUAGUUCUAUUGGUCCUCCUCUUUGCUGAUCUUGGAUAGGUGCGCUUCUUCGACUGCGGUUUGUGAUCCUCGCCUGCUCUCUCGUGUCGAAUAGCUGGAGAAAGCAACCAUACUCGUUCAAGAUCUUAUUGCUUUGGCCCCGUCAACUUGGUGUCACUUAUGAGUGCUCCAUACCAGAUGAACGGAUCCUUGUGACAGUAACCUUUUAUUGUCUCAUCGUACAAUGUGAAUAAUAUGUUUCGUCUGUGGCUUUGAUUUAAGUUAAGUGGCUGUCUGAGAAAGUGUUAUCUCCAUUCGUUGCUGUUUCAAUUAGAUGAGAAAAAUUGCUGCUGGAAAAGUUCAACUCCUGAUCACCCUUGAUGAUGAAUGAAGUUGUACUUUCAAGAAAUUAACUGAAGAAGUUGGGUAUUUGCCAGUUCGUUAAAAUUAGAUCAAAUCUUCUGGAUCGUUCCUGUGUUGUGGAUGAAUAUUUCGAGUUGAGACAGUUUUCUAACACAAUGCAUAGAUUGGAAUACUUGGUGAUCCUCCUCUUGUGUUUGGGUUCACCUGGCUUGAAUCUUCGCACCUUAGCAUCGAUAGAUACAGACAACAAGGUGCAUAGUGCAACCGAGAAUGGCACGGUUGGUUUGCCUGUGAAUGGUCCUGGUCAAAGUUCCAAUGUGACAGAGAAGAAAUCCAAGAUUAGUCCUUUGCCUGGCCCUCUACCGGCACCUUUGCCCAAAACUGGUAAUGAUUCAGUUCAAGUCCCUCCUCCACACGUACCAGAUUUGCCCAGUGGUUCAAACUCGAAGGAACCUAACAUGACAAAAUCUUCAGAUUCUAGGAAGAUAGACCGUAACAGUCCUCCACUUUUACCACCACCUCUUGUUCCAGUGAAUUCCACUACACCAGAGAAACAGGAUGGCGCUAAGAAACGUGAUGGCAGUAAGGCACCAACUGGUAAUGCUCCCCCAGUUUUACCGAGUGAAGUCCAUGAUAAUACAACUCGUGAUGAUGGCGAAGCAUCCACUCAUUCAGGGGUAUCAGAGAAGUCUCACAAGGAAUGGUGCAACACAUCUAUCAGCUGCACAGAUAACAAGAAUCUGUCUGCAUGUCUGUUUGUCACUCAAAACGAACCCAAUCAGUCAUCUCUUGUGGUUCACAAUGAUGGGGAGGAUGAUCUACAUGUCAUUAUCACCAUUGCAGGUUCUUCUUUUCACCAAGUGAAGCAACUUAAGCAACAUGGGAAACUGAAGGUUAUCUUGCCAGGUGUUGGUUCUGAAGUGCCAAAAGCAAUUUUGAAUGCUGGAAAUGGGGAAUGUGUACUUCAGAGGAAACAAUCAUUGAGUAACAUAUUCCAGGACUUGCCCUUAUAUGCAUCUCUUGUGACACCUACGUAUGGUGCAUAUUUCCUGGCUUUUGCUGUGCUGACAGUCGGUGGAACCUGUCUCUGCUGUAAACUUAGAAGACAAAGGCAGCGCCAUGGUGGUGUUAGAUAUCAGGAGCUUGAGAUGAGUUUGCCAGAAUCAGGCAUUCCAGGAACUGCCACCUCACGGAAGCUGGAAUCUGAUCCAGCUGAUGGUUGGGAUCGAGAUUGGGAUGAUGGUUGGGAAGAUGAGGAAUCAGCAAGACCCAACAGACCCAUGAAUGGCUAUGCCUCUAGAGCCACUGAAAAAGAUGGAUGGGAAGACAAUUGGGAUGAUUGAUAGCCUUCUAGUUACAGUUGGAAAAGAGAAGAGAUGUCUGUUAUCUUUUGACUGGUCAAGAUGGUCCAUAUUUUUAUUCUAAUUAAGAGGGAAGUUCUUUUGGGCAUUUGAUUGGAAAGGAUGUGAUAAUACAUGGAAUCAAAGCUCAUGAAUGCUGACAUUCACCUCUGCUGUUGGACGUUGAAGUCGUCAGGGACAUUCUGCAGACACUGCAGACAGUCAAAGUUCAUGUGAUCUUUCAAUGUAACGGUCACUUGUCACCCCCUCCUUAAUACAAAGUAUUUUAUAGUUUGCAAAAUUUGUUGGUUCAGAAUUAUCGGUGAGAAUUAGAAGUUUGGGUGCUUAAAAUAUCAAAAGGUGCAUCUAUUAACAACGUUGAAUGGUAGGGGGGCUUCAGUUGUUAACAGAUAAAGGUUUUGACUUGUUUCAUGUAAAAUUAACAGUUUAUUUGUGAUAGAAGCGAUUAAUUUUGGUAAUUAGAAUCUUGCAUGUUUCUUGCUGAAAA